GCGGUGGUUUCCGUCGUAAUGUAAUAGAGCAUCAGAUUGAAGUACUGAUAAAAAUAGUAUUGAAUUUUGGUGCUUUAUCACUCCUUUUCCCUUUAUUUGUUUAGUAUACAUAUUUUAAGAGUUUUUUUUUCUAAAUGAAUAUGUGAAGAAGGGCUUUUCCUCUCACACCAAAAGUAUUAACUGAGCUUGCAUGUUCGCGCCAUUUGCCAUGACAGCGGUACGAGCUUUGGUGCAGACCUGAUAGAUUAAUAUAUUAUAAUUUUUUUUUUAAUCAAGAGAGGAAGAACUUAGGAAGAAAAAAAAUGGAAAUUGGUGGCAAUGGCGAUGCUAAAAGUAGUUUAUUUCGUGAUGCGUUUAGAAGCAGUAAUUCCGGCUCUUUGGAGGAGUCUGGACCAUCGCACGAACAAGACCAGAUAUGUGAUAUAUGCAGCGACAAGCUGUGCAAGCCGCGCGUGCUGUCGUGCCUGCACGUGUUCUGCGAGGCGUGCCUGGACCACCUGGGCCCGCUGGUAGACGAGGCGGGCGACACCUGCAAGGAGGGGCAGCUCGAGUGCCCCACCUGCAAGCAGGAGACCAAGGUGGGCUGCAAGGGCGCCAGCUCGCUGCCGUGCGACUACGUGCUCACCAACCUGCUGGACAUGUGCGCCAUCGAGAGCACGGCCGUGCUGUGCACCAGCUGCAAGGCCAAGGAGCAGGCGGUGGCCCGCUGCUCCGACUGCGCCCACUUCCUCUGCCCCAACUGCAACACCGCCCACCAGUUCAUGCGUUGCUUUGAGAACCACCACGUGGUCAGCUUUGACGAGCUGAAGAGCUCCCUGGAAGCGGUCCCCAUACACAAGCCGAUAUUCUGCGAGUCGCACCCGACCGAAACCAUUGCGUUCUACUGUGUGACGUGUCAGGUGCCAAUCUGCAAGGACUGCCUGGGGCAGGGCCACGCCGGCCCCGACCACCGGCACGAGCGCCUGGGCGAGGCGGAGGGCCGGCAGCGCGAGGAGCUGGCGGCGCUGGCGGCCGAGAGCCGCGCCAAGCUGGGCCACUGCGAGGAGGCCAGCGGCCGGCUGGAGGGCUGCCUGGGGGAGCUGCAGGCGCAGCAUGACGCCGCGCGCGACCUGGUGCACGAGACCUUCCACAGCUGCAAGGCCGUGCUGGAGCGGUGCCGCGACGCCGCCCUCGAGCGGCUGCAGCAGCUGCACUCGGCCCGCGAGCUGCGCGUCAUGGACACCCUCGACAGCCUGGAGAAGACCAUGGAGAAGAUAACGGACGCGUGCAAGUUCACGUCGCGACUGCUGGAGCACGGCAGUCCGCCCGAGGUCCUGUCGCUCAAGAAGAUGGUGGGCGCCCAGCUACUGUACCUGAUCAACAACACGCCCAAGUCCGAAGUCAGCACCACCAUCGAGUUCGUCACGGACAUCGAAAAGUUUGAAGCUGCCGUCAAGGCGACGUUCGGCAGCUUCAAGGCGGACGCGAGCGUGACCCCGAAGGAGGCGCCGCCCUCGCCCCCGCCCCCGCCGGCGGCGCCGGUGUUCUCCGGGCUGCUGGGGCCUCCCGAGCCCCCGCCCCCGGCCCUGCGCGGCCUCACCAGCAUCCAGGAGUACAACCUGCAGCAGCUGGCCAGCCUGGCGGAGAAGGAGGCGGUGGCUGCCCCGCGCCGCGACCCCGGCCCGGGGUCCGGCCCGCCCACGCCGUCCUUCAGCCUGGUGGACCUGUUCUCCGGCGACCACGCCAUGAACAACCUGCAGGCGCUGGCCAAGCUGGGCGGCGUGGCGCUCGACACCCAGGGUCAGAUCGUGGCGAGUGGCGCGUCGCCCAUGGGCCUGGCGGUCUCCGGCUCGUCGUCAGCCGUGGCUAGACCCGUGACCACCCCACCACCGCCACCGCCACCGCAGGUGCUGCCCCAGACCCUGGGUGCGCUCCUCAACGACCUGGCGACGGGCGUGCUGAACGGCGGGGCGGACGUGCUGGGGCGGGGGCCCUCGCCCAGCCUCUCCAUCAGCACCACCAUCGCGUCGCUCAACGGCGGGACGGCCUUCUCCACGCUGUCCGGGACCCCGUCGCCCAUCCUCUCCCAGCCAGACGAGCUGGAUCCUCUGCCCCCGGCGCUGGCGCUGAACGGCGGCGGGGUGGGGGGGCCGGCCCCCAGCGGCUUCCAGCUGAUGCGCAGCACCUCGGGCAAGGCCACGCCCAUGCAGAUCCGCUACAAGUACGGCCAGCUGGGGCCGGGCAAGGGCCAGUUCAACUCCCCGCACGGCUUCUGCCUGGGCGCGGAGGAGGACAUCAUCGUGGCCGACACCAACAACCACCGAAUUCAGACGUUCGAGAAGACGGGCACGUUCAAGUUCCAGUUCGGUAUCCCGGGUAAGGAGGAGGGUCAGCUGUGGUACCCGCGCAAGGUCGCGGUCAUGCGCAACUCCGGCAAGUUCGUGGUGUGCGACCGUGGCAACGAGCGCUCCCGCAUGCAGAUCUUCACCAAGAGCGGACACUUUAUCAAGAAGAUCGCCAUCCGGUACAUUGACAUAGUGGCCGGGCUGGCUGUGACGGCCCAAGGACACAUUGUGGCCGUCGACAGCGUGUCUCCGACUGUGUUCGUGAUCUCGGAGGUGGGAGACCUGCUGCGCUGGUUCGACUGCAGCGACUACAUGCGCGAGCCCUCCGACAUUGCCAUCAGCGGGAAGGAGUUCUACGUGUGCGACUUCAAGGGCCACUGCGUGGUGGUGUUCAGCGAGGAAGGGCUGUUCCUGCGUCGCAUCGGCGGCGAGAACAUCACCAACUUCCCCAACGGGAUCGACAUAUCGGACGCCGGGGACGUCCUGGUGGGGGACUCCCACGGGAACCGCUUCCACGUGGCGGUGUUCUCACGCGACGGCACCAUCCUCUGCGAGUUCGAGUGCCCCUACGUCAAGGUGUCGCGCUGCUGCGGCCUGAAGAUCACCUCCGAGGGCUUCAUCGUGACCUUGGCCAAGAACAACCACCACGUGCUGGUGCUGAACACGCUCUACAUCAUGUAGGCGCGCGCGCGGCCGACGCCAACCCUUGAUCUCGCAUCCACUAGUUCUUUUACUUUGCACAAUAUUCGUUUUCUAUGUUGUGUCAUUUUUUGCAAUCAAAUGUAUCAUAUACGUAUAUUGUAAGAAAAGAUUUUUUAAUGUUGAUGCCAUGAAAAAAAAAUUUAAUAUUUUUUAAGUAUCCCUCGUUCUCUCUUGAAGGAGGAGCAAAAAAAAAAAGUGUUUAGUUUUAUACGAGUAGAUUUAAAAUUUAUUGAAAACUCAUUUAGGUCAUGUGAGAUGCAUUUAGCAUAAUCUAAAUAUUUGUGCUGUUAAUGGAAUAUUUUUACUUAUACACUGAUUUUAGUUUUUGAUUUUUACACUAAAUUAUAUUUUUUAGUAAUAGUUGUAUGGUUCCUAAAGAAAUUUUUUAUCUGCAGCUAACGUGUGCUCGUGUGUUUUAUCAGCGAGGAUGUAAACGGUGUUGCAAUCUUAACAAUAUUUGCUCAGGUCGGCUCGCUUGUUUUUUUGUGCGUGCGUCUUGGCGCACGUUCUGUUUAUGUUGUAAUCCUGCAAGUGUAUUUUCUGUCUCGUGUGUUAACUUUUGGACACAGUUUUUGGCCUCGGAUGUAAGUGCAUCUUAUAGCUGUUCUCUGUAUGUACUUUGCGUGUGUGAUGUGUUAAACGGCUGUUCACUUGUGUUCUGUGCGCUGUGUUGUAAGGAGCUAAGAAAAUGGUUUAUUUUUUCGUAGGUGUGUUCAUAUUUUACUGUAGUUAGUCCUAAUGAAUAUCUUUUUAUGUUUCGAUAUUUGAAACAAAGCUGUAUUGUACCCGUCAUCGGUAUCAUUGGUGGCACGUGAGUGUUAUCUUUUUUCCUUUCAGAUCUUAGAGAGUGUAUUUUCCAAAUUUAUCCAGUAUAUUUUGUAUUUCCAUGUGCUGUAUUUUAUUGCACAAAAAAAAAUUUCAUCGAUUUUUGAGCUUUUGCGACUCAUUUUUUCGAAGUGCCUGUGUGGUUAGUGAUGGAACGGAAGGGUUGUUUUUAGUCACGUGGCCAAAAAUAUGCGUUUUAUUUCCCCACUUGUCCCUUCCCACCACUUCACCAAAGGAGGGCAGGACUCGCCCUUAUAGGUCGGGGAGUUUUGCGCUUUCUUGCGCCCUAGUUUUUAGCGUGGCCAUCGGCAGUGAUUCGGGAACCACUUUGUCGCGGCAUCGCCGCCCGCGGCAAGUGGUCGGUAGCUGUUAAUUCUCGCUGUUUUUGAUUGAUCUAGCUCUAUGUAGGAAAAUAUUAUAAAAAAUACACUGUAUUGUAAACAAGCCUGUGAUAUUAGUAUCUUCAGGAUCAGUUGUGACCUUACUAGUUCGUUGUUAUUUUGUCUGGCGCCUAUAUUUACUAGUGGCAAAAAAAAAAUAUUAGCAUUAAGAUUCAUUAUAAACAAAUAUUUCUAUAAUAAAGUGUAUGUAAAUAGUCACAAAUUCUAUCAAAAUCUGUAAGCUUAGGCUGUCCAUGUUUUCAUGCAUGUUGCAGUUUCUUUCCGGUUGUUUUCUGGGUGUGGUGUGCGUGUCAUGUCGGAGGUUGUUACUGUGUCUCGUCGCGUGUUCGCAUGCCGGCGUAAUUUCACGUCUCACACACUCACUUGUUGAAUAUAUUUUUGUUAUUUGCCUUAAGUAACUCAACAAAAAAUUAAGAAUUUUACACAUGCAUACAUCUCUCUAAUAAUUAUACAUGAUAUAUAUUAUACUAUGUAAAACCUGCUCAGAUUUAAAUAUGAAAACUAUACAUGUUUUGAGUAUAUGUAUAAAUAUAUUUACACAACUUUUUGACCUUAUGGGUUGGAAGUCACCCAUCCCUGGUAUUCUUGAAACAAUAAAUAUUUAGGAUCCGCAGGCGAGCCUGGGUGAUUUUCAACCGCAUUUUAAUCCCCAUAUGAUUUACCUCAAAAUAAACAAA